AUGAAGAAGAAAGUGGAGACUGAGUUAGAGCGACUCACCAAGCAAGGUAUAAUUGAACCAGUAAAGUUUUCGGAAUGGGCGGCACCCAUUGUGCCAGUAUUAAAGCCAGAUAAUACUGUACGCAUAUGUGGGGACUACAAGCUAACAGUGAACCAAGUUUCGAAGCUGGAGCAGUAUCCAAUACCAACGGUGGAGGAUGUGUUUGAAAAGCUGUCGGGAGGUGAAAGGUUCAGCAAACUGGACCUCAGUCAUGCAUAUCAACAAGUUGUUCUGGAGGAAGGGUCAAAGCCAUAUGUCACCCUUAACACACACAAAGGUAGGAACAAUCGCGAGCAUCUGGAGACUCUGAACGAGGUGCUGAGGCGACUGCGAGAGACUGGUCUGCUGGUGAAGCGGAGUAAAUGUGCUUUCAUGAAAAAGGAAGCUGAGUUCCUGGGUUACAAGGUGGAUGCAUCGGGCCUACACCCUCUGCCAAACAAGGUGUUGUGGGGGGCACGAGUGAUAAUUCCGCCCCCAGGAAGACGUGCACUUUUACAACAGCUGCACCAGGGUCAUGUGGGCAUCACCCGAAUGAAGGCCUUAGCACGAAGUUAUUUCUGGUGGCCAAAGUUGGACCACGACAUUGAAGUCGCUGUGAAAGAGUGUAACAUCUGUCAGCAACAUCGCAACUUACCGGUGACGGCACCACUACACCCAUGGGAGUGGCCGAGUAGACCUUGGCAAAGACUUCAUAUAGACUAUGCCGGGCCUUUUAUGGGGGCAAUGUUUUUGAUAAUAAUGGAUGCUCAUUCUAAAUGGAUGGAUGCCUAUCCAGUUAAAACAACCACUUCCACCACGACCAUUGAAUGCCUUAGGAAGAGUUUCAGUAGUCAAGGACUACCAGAGACUAUUGUAUCAGAUAAUGCUUCAUGUUUCAUGAGUGGAGAGUUCAAGGGUUUUCUGAAAAAAAAUGUGUCAAGGGUGUUAUUCAGCUACCGCAUUACACCCCAGUCUACCACCGGAUUGUCACCUGCCGAGAUGUUGCAAGGACGGAGAUUAAGGUCAACAUUGGAUCUGGUGCAUCCAAACAUCUGAGCUAAGGUAGAGAGGACACAAUGGCGGCAAAAAGAACAUCAGGAUCGACGACGGAGAGGAAGAAGUUUCCUGGUGGGAGAUGCAGUGAUGACUCGAAACUUCAGCUAUGGACCUAAAUGGAUUCCAGGGUUCAUUGUAAAGAGUACUGGUCCACUGUCGUACCAGGUGAGGUUGAAUGGAGGUUUUGUGGUCAGGAGACAUGUGGACCAGAUUCUGCGGAGCGAACGGGAGAAGGACUUUAUGGAACUGCAAGCCCCGGAAAUACCGUUAGUUUUGGAAGAAGGGUUCGCAGCGGCAGGAGGAUCUCCGAUCUUGGGGGCCGAGGAAGACCACCGGGACUUGGAAGGAGAGGUUCCCGAGGACCAAACCUUUCCAGGGAUGGACACAUCGGUACCAGAGGUGGUAACUGUGACACCGGAGUCACCUAGGGUGGUACCAUUGCGCCGUUCUAAGUAUGUGGGCACCGAUGAAAGUCCAUAUGAACUGAAAAUUGGUCCUUGUUCUGUAUCAUGUGGAGUAGGGAUUCGAGAAAUUUAUAGGACAGGAGGAUGUCCUGCAGGAGAAACAAAAUGCAUUAUCCGCGUUGAGGAGUGCAGUGAAAAUCCAGAUUGUGAAUGGGGAACUCCACUACGUGAAAAUGAAAAAUCUGUAACAUUAUCUUGUAUUUUUAUACCACCUUUCACCAGAUUUUUGUAUGCAUGGUACAUGGUACCAAAGGAUGGGGAACCAGUGCCAAUUCAAAAUCAUUAUUAUAUAAUGGACGUGUCGAGAGGAAAAAAUAAUACGGUCAUUCAGUGUGACACCCUUGAAAGUGGAACAGUAGUUGCCUCUGUUAAAUUUAUGGUAUACAGCGAUGAUACUGGUAUGUUACUUGUUAGCUUAUUAACGUUUUAUAAUGUUAAAGGUGUGUAUGACCUAGACUCUGAACUUCAUGUCACUGGGAUAUGUAGUGGGCAUGUAUGA